CUUCUCAUCCCCACCUACCAUUCCACAGAUUUUGAAGUGCACCGAAACUGGCUUGCUAUCACCCACAGUUUGCCAAUAUCACAGUGGUAUUAUGAGCAAUAACAACAAAAGAAAUCAACAAGAAACAAAACUCAAGUGCAAGGUUCACAGUAGGAUAUAAGGCUGGAGAGACACAUGCCUCAGGUCUGGAAGGUCUUUCUGCCAUACUAAGGAGAGUGGACAUGUGAGCAGUGGAUUGUUUUGUAGAGCCCUUCUUAGCUUUGACUUCUAGCUUACCGUUCUGUUCUGGACUCAAAUUAAAUUGAUUGGUCGAUUGGUUGGGAAAGACAUUAAAAAGACCCAUAAUAAAUAUUUGUGGAAUGAACACAAUUGUUUUGAAUCUUUGUUGACCUAAAACAAGUAGACUGCCAGUUAUUUCUCCAGCAAAAAUGGGUUUAUUCAGGAUCAGCAGAAAAUAGCAAUUCAGGGUCUGCAACCAUAGCGAGUCACGUGCAAGUCCCCACGUAGCGCAUAACGAGGGAAGGAGAAUUCUUUCAAAGAGGGAAAAAGGAAGUUGGGAGGGCUAGAGUAAACAGACUCCAUGGCUUUUCAUUGGCUGAGUUGUGACAGUCUGAGCUCUUUGCAGGAAAGAAGAGUCUUUCUUCUUGCUGUUGGGCUCUGCUGUCCUCCUAGGGCCUGAGACUUCCCCUUUCUGGCCUCCUGAUUCUAUCUUAAUUGAGGUUUCUGUUUAUUAAUUUUUACAUCUUCAUAUGUAAAAAUGAGGUUGGAUGUUUUUGUACUUGAGGAAACAGCUCUGUUGUGGUAGCUUCCCGAGCUAAUGGAUUUGGAGUCGGAGACCCAGAUUUGAGCCCCAGCUCUACCACAUAUAAGUGACAGAACUCUUCACUUGGGCGGAAAUGUUAGCUAAUCGCUUUCCUGGCUUCCCAAAAGCUGUUUAGGUAAGAUGAUGGCCCCAGCUGGAAAUCCCUGAGGUCAGGAGGGCCUUCUGGGCCAGGUUUGGCAACUUCAGAGUGGACCUUGGAUUACCCCCCCUUUUUUGCAUGGUUUGAGUAUGCCCUGUCACAUGUUGCCAAAUAUUUUGAUCAAGAGAUGCUGAAUGUCCGUAAUCUGAAUUACUCCAGCUCAAGGACCUUACUCUUCCAGAGAUUUUCCGUCAUCUUUACAGAUACACUCUUUGUGUAUGCUGUCCAUGAGUGCUGUAAAUGCAUUGAUGGGAAAAAAGCAGGCAAAGAACUUACAGAGAAGCCAAAGUUUAUUCUAUCAGUAUUACUGCUAUGGAACUUCGGGUUGUUAAUUGUAGACCAUAUUCAUUUCCAGUACAAUGGUUUUUUAUCUGGAUUAAUGCUACUCUCUAUUGCACGAUUAUUUCAGAAAAGGCAUAUGGAAGGAGCAUUUCUCUUUGCUGUUCUCCUACAUUUCAAGCACAUCUACCUCUAUGUAGCACCAGCUUACGGUGUAUAUUUACUACGAUCUUACUGUUUCACUGCAAAUAAACCAGAUGGGUCCAUCCGAUGGAACAGCUUCAGUUUUCUCCGUCUUAUUUCCCUGGGACUAAUUGUUUUCCUAGUUUCUGCUCUUUCGUUGGGCCCUUUUCUAGCCUUGAACCAACUGCCUCAAGUCUUUUCCCGACUCUUCCCUUUCAAGAGGGGCCUCUGCCAUGCGUAUUGGGCCCCAAACUUCUGGGCUUUGUACAGCGCUUUGGACAAAGUGCUGUCCAUCAUCGGUUUAGAACUGAAACUUCUUGACCCCAGCAAGAUUCCCAGGGCCUCGAUGACAAGUGGUUUAGUUCAGCAGUUCCAACACACAGUCCUUCCCUCAGUGACACCCUUGGCCACCCUUAUCUGCACUCUGAUUGCCAUAUUGCCCUCUAUUUUCUGUCUUUGGUUUAAACCUCAAGGGCCCAGAGGCUUUCUCCGAUGUCUAAUUCUUUGUGCCUUGAGCUCCUUCAUGUUUGGGUGGCACGUCCAUGAAAAAGCCAUACUCCUUGCAGUUCUCCCAAUGAGCCUCUUAUCUGUGGGAAAAGCAGGAGAUGCUUCAAUUUUUCUGAUUCUGACCACGACAGGACAUUAUUCCCUCUUCCCUCUGCUCUUCACUGCACCAGAACUUCCCAUUAAAAUCUUACUCAUGUUACUGUUUACCAUCUAUAGUAUUUCCUCACUGAAGACUCUAUUCAGAAAAGAAAAACCUCUUUUUAAUUGGAUGGAAACUUUCUACCUCCUUGGCCUGGGGCCUCUGGAAGUCUUCUGUGAAUUUGUAUUCCCUUUCACCUCUUGGAAGCUGAAGUACCCCUUUAUCCCUUUGUUACUGACCUCAGUGUAUUGUGCAGUGGGCAUCACACAUGCUUGGUUCAAACUGUAUGUUUCAGUAUUGACUGACCCUCCUGUUGGCAAGACAAAGAAGCAAUGAAUAAAGGAACUGCUUGGAUGUAUUCCAAGCAAUUAUUUCAUGGGAAAUUAAUCAGAACUUGAAGAAAGUUGCUGGUGGCAUGAACCAUUCAUUUCAGUAAAUCUGUUUGAGGACCUUUCUUCUAAACUUGGCCUUGCCCAGCUUAGCAACCUGAUUGUCACCAUGGUGAGAAGCCACUUGUCCUCCGUAAGCAGUGAAACACAUCUGAAACAAAUCUCGCCUUCCCCUAUUAAAAUUGUCUGAGAUCAUUGAGACUGCUGUGCUUGCUCUAGGCAAGGAGGGAGUCUGAUCAACAGCAUGAUUAUCUGUAGCCUAUGAUAACCAUUGUCAGGGUAUAAAGCAUAAUUAGAAUUAUGUGCUAAGGAAAAUAUAAAUAAAAUAUCAUUUUGUAUUUCUGCAUAAAAA